AGAGAGAGAGAGACAGAGAGGCUGAGAGAAUGGCAGCAGACUGAGGAGAAGAGCGGUAAAUAGACCAAUGUUAGAGAGCCAUUGCAGAGUGGGAAACAGAAACAUGGCAAAGGAAAAUACAGAGUGUUAAUUUAUUUCUAUUUUUUCUUUGAAAGAGGUCAGGACAGCAGAAGAAGGCAAGAGCAUUUGUGAGGGAACAAUAAAUGAUGAAUGAUUUAGAUUUUGAAGUCUGAUUAGUGCACAGCAGCAGACUUACUUAAAUUAAUCACGUUUAUCUAAAGGAAUCCAGCAGCAAUUCUGCUGAAGAAACUUCAGAUAGGAACGCAGAGGGAGGGGUAAGACAGGUGUUAGCUUACAGGGAGAGAGAGAUAGAGAUAGAGAGAGAGAGAGGAAGAGAGAGAGAGUGAGCGUAUGAGAGGACGAGCGAGAGCGUCAGAUAGUUACAGUGAUGUUCAUGAUCAUUCGAGAGGGAUCAGCAGCAGGGGGAGGCAGUGCUGCCGGAAUGAGCGCUCCACCGGAGAGGACCGCAAAACAGGUUCAGGCUGCCAUCAAGAAAAAGGUGGAGAAGCAGAGGAGGCAGCUUGAAAUGGGUGUAGUGGAGGCAUUCAGCAGCAGCGCUAAGCCUAAAAGACGACAGAGACAGAAUCAGACUGCACCACCUGAACGAAGGGGGGAUGAGGAUGAGGAGGAAGACGAAGACGCCGCAAAUGAGACUGAGGAACAGCGAGAGAAAGAGGACGUUGACCUAGUGCCCAUUGUGGACUCAGUUUUUGGUCAAGACAGGGAUCUACGGCCCGAGGAGAUUGAAGAGCUGCGGGAGGCCUUCAAAGAGUUUGACCGGAACAAAGGCUACAUCAACUGUAAGGAUCUGGGCGAGUGCAUGAGGACUAUGGGAUACAUGCCUACAGAGAUGGAGCUCAUCGAGCUGAGUCAGCAAAUCUGUGGGGGUAAAAUCGACUUUGAAGACUUUGUGGAGCUGAUGGGGCCUAAAAUGCUAGCAGAAACUGCAGACAUGAUUGGUGUCAAAGAGUUAAGAGAUGCCUUCAAAGAGUUUGACUCGAACGGCGACGGGCAGAUCAGUAUUUCUGAACUGAGGGAAGCCAUGAAGAAACUCCUGGGCGAACAGUUGAACCCCAGAGAGAUUGAUGAGAUCCUCCAGGACGUGGACCUCAACGGAGAUGGCCAAGUGGACUUUGAAGAGUUUGUGAGGAUGAUGUCACGCUGACAGUUCACCACAGAUGAUCUUCAC